AUGGCUUCAUUAAUAAAAACGAAUCUUUCGUUCAUUGUCUCUAUAAUACUUGUUUCUCAUGUCUUUUGCCAGCCAGGUGAUAUAGUCGACCCCAACAAGCCAGAACCUGGUAUAAAUGAUGGUGGAUCUGAUUACACCAAACCAGCAAUCGAGUCUGCAUUCUUGGGCCAAUGGGCCAUUGAUAAUCCGGAUGCUGGCGUUGCUGCCAUGCAAUUGCAAUUGAUGCCUAAUGAUAAGGUUAUCUGGUUUGAUACGACAUCGCUUGGGCCUUCAGCCUUAAAAUUGCCUGAGGGUGUUCCUUGCACCGAAAACCCUGAUCAAAACAACCAGCCCGAUUGUUAUGCUCAUGCCAUUGCUUACGACUGGAAGACGUCACUAUAUAGGCCCCUUACGUUAAAGGGAGAUGCAUGGUGCUCAUCAGGAAACUUGUGGCCGAAUGGUAACCUGGUUGCGACUGGAGGGACCUAUAGUGGUAAUAAAGCUAUUCGAGUUCUUGCUAACAAUGAUGAUCCUAGGUCUGACUUUGACACCAGAUUGAAUGUUCUUGCUGAUGGUCGAUGGUAUUCAAGUAACCAAGUUUUGGAAGAUGGGAGUGCAAUAGUGUUGGGAGGACGAGACUCGUACAGCUACGAGAUAGUACCACCACAAAUGGAGUUCCAACCAAAAAGAUUCGAUCUCCCCUUCCUUAAGGAAACUACAACGCCUGGAUUAGGACCAGGCAAACCAGUCGAAAACAACUUGUACCCAUUUCUUUUUCUCCUUCCCGAUGGUAAUGUAUUCCUUUUUGCCAACAAUAGGGCCAUCAGCUUUGCUCCACAAACGGGCCAAGUCGUUCGUGAGUAUCCUGAGUUACCAGGUGGGUCCCGUAAUUACCCACCUUCAGGUUCCUCGGCUCUUCUCCCAUUAAAACUUACCGCUGAUAACCAAGGACUGAAUCCUGAAAUUGUCAUUUGUGGCGGUAAUGUCCCAAAUGCAUAUGAACUCGUCGACGCAAGGCAUGUUACAGAAAAACAAUUCCUACCUGCACUCAAAGAUUGUCAUAGAAUCCAGCCAUUAGCACCAAAUGCUGCUUGGGUGGAUGAACAAGAAAUGCCAUCACCAAGAACAAUGGGUGACUUAAUACACCUUGCAAACGCCGAUCUUUUGAUGCUUAACGGUGCCCAAAAAGGUACCUCGGGUUGGGAAGAUUCAACAGAUGCUAAUCUUACCCCUCUUUUAUACACACCUUACAAACCAAUGGGCCAAAGAUUUAAAGAACUCGCUCCAACAACUAUAGCCAGAAUGUAUCAUUCUUGCGCUGCAUUGUUGCCCAAUACUCAAGUUUUGGUUGCAGGAAGUAACAUGCAUCAAUUCUACACAUACAACGUCGAAUACCCAACUGAACUUAGGGUCGAGAAAUUCACCCCUCCAUACUUAGACCCUGCACUAGACCCACAACGACCAACGAUCACCGUCGAUGCCACAGAUGUUAUCUUAAAAUAUGGCACACCUUUCAGGGUUACAGCCACUCUUCCAAGGGAAACACCUUUUGCAUUAGGUGAAAUUAAGUUAACAAUGUUGUACCCACCUUUUACUACUCAUGGUUUCUCUCAAAACCAAAGGAUGAUUAUUCCAGCAAUAACAACAGUUGAGGAAAAUGUUAUUAAUGCUGUUGCACCAGCAAGUGGUGCCAUUGCCCCUCCUGGUUACUACAUUUUGUUUGUGAAUUACCUUGGUGUGCCAAGUCAAGGUCUAUGGAUUCAUAUCGACUAA